AUGUUAGGCGGCCGUUGGUUGUGCGUCGGUUCUGUUCUCGCAGUUGCGAUCCAGGGUCUGUUGGCGAACCAGUGCCUGAAAUCGAAAUAUACUCUGAACGUGGUGCUGCUGGAGGACGAUGUUUCACUGUGGCGUCUCGCAUAUGUGAGGAAGGCAGUGGAAAAAGCAAUUAAAACAGAUGCUGGACUCAACAUUGCAGCAGGUGUGAACUUCACAUUGACGGCCAGCUACAGCGGCUUCAACACCUCUCUGUACCGGCGCAAGGGCUGUGGGAGCAGCACAUGUGAGGGGGUUCAGAUAUUGAAGGACCUUCAUGACAGGAAUGAGGUGGGGUGUGCCAUGCUGGGACCCUCGUGUACUUAUGCCACCUUCCAGCUGGUAGACUGGGACAUCGGGCUGACUCUGAGCAUACCCAUUAUCUCAGCUGGCAGCUUUGGGCUGUCAUGUGACUACAAGGCCAACCUCACCCGCCUGCUACCCCCUGCUCGCAAGGUCUCGGACUUCUUUGCUUAUUUCUGGGAAUUCGAGUAUGAUGGACUCAAGCCACACUGGCAGUCUGCGUACGUCUACAAGAAACCGGAGAACACAGAAGACUGCUUCUGGUAUAUCAACUCUCUCGAGGCGGCGUCGGCUGUCUUCCCAGGCACGGUAAACCGGACAGUGCUUCGUGGAGAGGAGGAGCUGCUCUCAUUCUUAACGUGCAAAAGCAGGAAAAGCAACUUGUUCAUUCUCUGUGCGACUCCUGCUUACAUCGCCAAUCUGACAAAUGGACUUCCUCCUCUAGACCCUGAAAUUGUGUUCGUUUUGAUCGACCUUUACAACCAUGACUAUCAUAGUGGUGAACCAGCGAUCAAAGCCAUGGAGAAUGUGCUGGUUGUCACCUUGCCUGACAUCAGGAAUUACACAGAUGGCUGGGCGGAGAAUGCCACGUUGCGGGAGAUUAAUGACUAUGUGGCUGGGUAUCAUGACGGGGUGCUGCUGUUUGGUCAUGUGCUGAGAGAGACCCUACGCCGUGGUGAAGGCAGCGAGAUGGCGGAAAUCUUGAAAAUUAACCCAUUCCGGAACGUCACCUUCAGUGGUAUGGGUGGACGCUAUCAGCUGGAUGCCUUUGGGGACAGAGAUGUGAAUUUUUCAGUGAUGUACAGGUCCACUGUUGACCACCAGUAUAAAACUCUGUUUGAGUUCGACACAUCCAAAAACCAGACCAGGGUCAACCACACAAACCCAUCCCUGUUCUGGAGCAAAUCCCGUCUCCCAAACGAUGAGCCGAAGUGCAAUACAGCCCUGGAACUCCUUGACAUCAUCGUCAUUGUGUUGAGUGUCGUUGUCGUGGUGGUGACUGCCAUUGCUCUCAUAUUUUACAGGCAAAACAGGAGAGAACGGCAGAUCCAAAAAAAGUGGUCCCACAUCCCUCCAGACCGGGUCGCCCCUCUGGACCACAGAGAGCGAAGCCUGGUGUCACUCAAGAUUGACGAGGACCACAGGAAGGACAGUACGGACCGAAUCCAUCGGGGGCGCUAUGAUAAAAAGAUCGUGAUCCUCAAGGAGCUGAAGCACACGGAGGGCUACUUCAACGAGAACCAGAGGAUCGAACUCAACGCGCUCCUGCGAAUCGAUUACUACAACCUGACCAAGUUCUACGGCACGGUGAAGUUCGAGCACGGUGUGUUUGGAGUGUUUGAGUUCUGCGAGAGAGGAUCUCUUCGGUAUGUGCUGAAUGACAAGAUAUCGUAUCCAGAGGAGACCUUCAUGGACCUGGAGUUCAAAAUCUCUGUCAUGUCUGACAUUGCCAAGGGUAUGUCCUACCUCCACUCCAGCAACAUCGAAGUUCAUGGUCGCCUCAAGUCCACUAACUGCGUGGUGGACAACCGCAUGGUGGUCAAGAUCACCGAUUUCGGCUGCAACAGCAUUCUCUACCCUGGCAAAGAGCUGUGGACAGCGCCGGAGCACCUGCGCAAGGGGGGCAUCUCCCAAAAGGGGGACGUGUACAGCUUUGCCAUCAUCGCCCAGGAGAUCCUGCUGAGGAGGUGCACCUACUACACCAAGGAGUGUUCCAGUCAAGCAGAGAAGCUGUACCGGGUGCAGUUCCCUGACUCCAUGACCUUCUUCAGGCCGGAUCUUAACAUGGAGGCAGCGUUGGAGAGAGAGCAGGAACUGUGUAUGCUGAUUAGGAGCUGCUGGGAUGAGGAUCCAGAGAAGAGACCGGAUUUUAAGAAGAUUGAGAGCUCCCUGGGCAAGAUCGUCAGCACCCUGCACAACGACGCCAACGAGAGCUACAUGGACAACCUGAUCCGCCGGCUGCAGAUGUACUCCCGCAACCUGGAGCACCUGGUGGAGGAGCGGACGGCGCUGUACAAGGCGGAGAGGGACAGGGCCGACCGCCUCAACUUCAUGCUGCUGCCGGGGCCUGUGGUACGGUCCCUGAAGGAGACGGGCCGCGUGGAGCCGGAGCUGUUCGACGAGGUGACCGUCUACUUCAGCGACAUUGUGGGCUUCACCACGCUCUGCCAGUACAGCACGCCCAUGGAGGUGGUGGACAUGCUCAAUGACAUCUACAAGAACUUCGACAGCAUCCUUGACCACCACGACGUCUACAAGGUGGAGACCAUCGGUGACGCAUACAUGGUGGCGUCGGGGCUGCCGAAGAGGAACGGGAACAGGCACGCGGUGGACAUCGCCCGCAUGGCGCUGGACAUCCUGGCCUUCGUGGGCACCUUCCAGCUGCGGCACCUGCCAGGGCUGCCCCUGUGGAUCCGCAUCGGGGUGCACUCAGGGCCCUGUGCAGCAGGAGUGGUGGGCAUAAAGAUGCCCCGAUACUGCCUGUUUGGGGACACGGUCAACACAGCCUCACGCAUGGAGUCCACAGGCCUGCCCCUGCGGAUCCACGUCAGCCAGUCCACCAUCAACAUCCUCCAGAGGACGGACUGCAAGUUUGAGUACGAGAGGCGAGGGGAGACUUACCUCAAGGGAAAAGGCACACUGACCACCUACUGGCUGACAGGAGUCACAGGGCAGGAUUACAACCUGCCCACCCCCCCAACAGCGGAGAACUUCCAGCGGCUGCAGCAGGACCUGGCCGACAUGAUCGUCUCCUGCCUGGAGAAGCGCUCGCUGGGCGCGGGUGGGCUGGAAAAGAGGAAGACCCUCUCCACACGGCAACGGAAGCGAGAGAAGGAGGAGAACCAAAGCGACCACCAGCCCGAGUACCUGCACCUGGUGGACAACCUCAACACCUACAUGUAGAGACCCACUCCAUUCUACCUGAGCACUGAGCUCCAGGAGAGACUUCAAAUUACCCUCCGCCCUCUGGCAGAAACAUCCUCAUACAGCUGUCCAGAUUUAUCAGCUGUACAUAGAAUAU